AAGUAACGCGGAAAAAGAGUGUAUUUUGGAUUGAAGUCCUUGAAAGACUCCCUUUUCCUUUUCCGCCCCCACCCUCUCCUCUCACUAAUAAGAGGAGAGAUGGGAUGAACCCAACUCACAGAAGCCAAACAACUCAACCCCCAAAACUCCUCGUCUCCGUUCGUUCACUGCCUAUCACAGUCAUCGAUUUCUUCACUCCAUCAAAGUCCUAAUCAUUCAUUGCACUAUAUGCUUCCUGAAAAGAGAGCUGUUGGAGGAGAGGUUGUAUCGGACGCAGGAGAAGACACCCAAAACACUGAAUCUUUGAUCAAGAAGCAAAAGAUCGAUUGUUUGAUCUCGUCGGCGACCGCCACCACCACUACGACGAUGGGAGGAAAUGUUAACGGCAACGGUAAAGCGCCGAUUGUGGUAUUUGGUGAUGUGAAUCCGCCAGAUAUCGACGAGGAUCUGCACAGCCGCCAGCUCGCCGUGUACGGUCGCGAGACUAUGAGGCGGCUAUUCGCCUCAAACAUUCUUAUAUCGGGGAUGCAAGGCCUCGGCACCGAAAUUGCAAAGAACCUUAUUCUUGCUGGUGUUAAGUCUGUGACCUUGCACGACAAAGGAAAUGUGGAGUUGUGGGACUUAUCUAGCAAUUUCAUUUUCUCUGAGGAUGACGUGGGGAAGAAUCGGGCCCUUGCUUCUGUUCAGAAACUGCAAGAACUCAACGACUCUGUGGUCAUUUCAAGUUUAACAACUGAACUGGCUAAGGAACAACUAUCUGAUUUUCAGGCUGUGGUAUUCACGGAUAUAAGCUUAGAGAAAGCAAUUGAAUUUGAUGAUUACUGCCAUAAUCAUCAACCUCCAAUCGCUUUUAUUAAAUCUGAAGUACGGGGCCUUUUUGGUAGCGUGUUUUGUGACUUUGGCCCUGAGUUUACAGUUUUUGAUGUCGAUGGCGAAGAUCCUCACACUGGCAUUAUUGCAUCUAUUAGCAAUGAUAACCCCGCUCUUGUAGCAUGUGUUGACGAUGAGAGGCUAGAGUUUCAGGAUGGAGAUUUAGUUUUAUUCUCAGAAGUCCAUGGGAUGACAGAAUUGAAUGAUGGGAAACCAAGGAAGGUCAAGAAUGCAAGACCCUAUUCAUUCGCCAUUGAAGAGGAUACCACAAAUUAUUCUGUACAUCAGAAAGGUGGUAUUGUCACACAGGUGAAGCAACCUAAAGUGUUGAACUUUAAGCCAUUGCGAGAAGCACUUAAGGAUCCUGGUGAUUUUCUUCUAAGUGACUUCUCCAAGUUUGAUAGACCAUCUCUCCUACACUUGGCAUUUCAAGCAUUGGAUAAGUUUAUAUUGGAGAUGGGACGCUUCCCUGUUGCUGGGUCAGAGGAGGAUGCUCAGAAACUGAUAUCUGUAGCCACUAAAAUCAACAAUAGCUCAGCAGAUGGGAAACUUGAAGAGAUUGACCAAAAACUUCUUCGGAACUUUGCAUUUGGUGCUAGGGCUGUGCUAAAUCCCAUGGCUGCUAUGUUUGGUGGUAUUGUUGGACAGGAAGUUGUGAAGGCUUGCUCUGGGAAGUUUCAUCCUCUUUUUCAGUUUUUCUAUUUUGAUUCUGUUGAGUCCCUUCCUGCCGAACCCCUGGAUCCCAGUGACUUGAAGCCCUUAAACAGUCGCUAUGAUGCACAGAUCUCUGUGUUUGGAUCUAAACUUCAGAAAAAACUAGAGGAUGCAAAAGUGUUUAUUGUGGGAUCUGGUGCACUAGGAUGUGAGUUCUUGAAAAAUGUAGCUCUGAUGGGGGUUUGUUGUGGUAAGCAAGGAAAGCUGACAAUUACAGAUGAUGAUGUCAUCGAGAAGAGCAACUUGAGCAGGCAGUUUCUUUUCCGGGAUUGGAACAUAGGGCAGGCCAAAUCAACAGUUGCUGCUUCAGCUGCCUCUUUGAUAAACCAUCAUCUCCACAUUGAAGCCCUUCAAAACCGUGCUAGCCCUGAGACCGAGAAUGUGUUUGAUGAUACAUUCUGGGAGAAUCUGAGUGUAGUCAUUAAUGCCCUGGAUAAUGUAAAUGCCCGGCUUUACAUUGAUCAAAGGUGCUUAUAUUUUCAGAAACCGCUUCUAGAGUCAGGAACCCUAGGUGCCAAGUGCAACACCCAGAUGGUUAUCCCUCACUUGACAGAAAACUAUGGUGCCUCAAGGGACCCACCAGAGAAACAAGCACCGAUGUGCACAGUGCACUCAUUCCCUCAUAACAUUGAUCACUGCUUGACGUGGGCUCGAUCUGAGUUUGAGGGUUUGCUUGAGAAAACGCCAGCUGAAGUAAAUGCCUAUUUAACCAGUCCCAGUGAAUAUACAUCUGCGAUGAAGAAUGCUGGUGAUGCACAGGCCCGGCACAAUUUGGAACGUGUUCUUGAAUGCCUUGAGGAGAGAUGUGAAACAUUCCAAGACUGCAUAUUUUGGGCCCGUUCGAAGUUUGAAGACUAUUUUGCUAACCGUGUGAAGCAGUUAACAUUCACGUUUCCCGAGGAUGCUGUCACCAGUAGCGGAACACCAUUCUGGUCUGCCCCAAAGCGUUUUCCUCGCCCACUGCAGUUUUCUGUUGAUGAUAUCAGUCACCUUCACUUUGUCAUGGCGGCAUCCGUAUUACGAGCGGAGACAUUUGGCAUCCCAAUUCCUGACUGGGUUAAGUCUCCUAAAAAGUUAGCUGAUGCAAUUAACAAAGUGAUUAUCCCUGAUUUCCAGCCCAAGGAAGAUGUAAAAAUUGUGACCGAUGAGAAGGCCACUAGUCUUUCAACCUCAUCCAUGGAUGAUGCUGUAGUCAUCAAUGAGUUGGUCAUGAAAUUGGAAAAAUACCAGAAACAGCUGCCGCCUGGUUUCAAGAUGAAUCCAGUUCAGUUUGAGAAGGAUGAUGAUGCAAAUUAUCACAUGGACCUUAUUGCUGGGUUUGCCAACAUGAGGGCAAGGAAUUAUAGCAUCCCUGAAGUAGACAAGCUUAAGGCCAAAUUUAUUGCAGGUAGAAUCAUCCCAGCAAUUGCAACCUCCACUGCUAUGGCCACUGGCCUUGUGUGCCUAGAGCUGUACAAAGUUCUUGAUGGAGGUCACAAACUGGAGGAUUACCGGAACACCUUUGCCAACCUAGCACUCCCUCUGUUCUCCAUGGCUGAGCCUGUUCCUCCCAAGUUGAUCAAGCACCAGGACAUGAGCUGGACCGUUUGGGACAGGUGGAUUCUGAGAGAGAAUCAAACUUUGAGAGAGCUUCUUCAAUGGCUUAAAAACAAGGGGCUUAAUGCUUACAGCAUCUCCUAUGGGAGUUGCUUGCUUUAUAACAGCAUGUUUCCAAGGCACAAAGAUCGGAUGGACCGGAAGAUGGUGGAUCUGGCCAGGGAAGUCGCCAAAGCAGAGUUACCUCCAUUCCGGCGUCAUCUUGAUGUGGUAGUUGCUUGUGAGGACGAUGAAGAUAAUGAUAUCGAUAUUCCUCAGGUUUCUAUAUAUUUCCGUUAGAUUGUUUGUGCUAAUUAGUAAACAAAAUCAGCAUGCAAGCCAUGAUGGAACUAUUUAGCAGCUGUAGUUCAUGAUCUUGGUUUCCCAUUGAUUUAUGUGACAUGGGAAAAUUUUCUUUUUGUUGUAACUUGCCUAUAAAUUUAAAAGCAACUCUAAUUAUGCAAUACCUAAUACCCUGUUCAAGUCUGGCUUUACUU